AUUACCGGUGAUUGCGGUGGAGGGAACGGCUCUUGGGUGUGGUGCUGUGUGAUCGACUCUCAGACUCAGUACGCUCUGAAGAACCCUUAGCCAAGCCUCGACACUUCUAAAUUCCGAAGCUUCUUCGCCAGAUUUCUUGCUGUUUCCACUCAUAUUCAUGAUCUCCAUGAUUCGAUCCCUUUGGAUUGCGCCCUGAUUUCAGUCUCCCUUCCAUUUGUAUCUGUUUCAUCAUUAUUUUUUGUAGAUUUUUUAUUUGCUCUAUAAUGGAUAUUGAGCAGAAGCAAAACGAGUUUAUCGAUCACUUUGUAAAGCGAGCUUCGUCUCUGAAAGGCUCGGCACUUGCGUCUGUUGUUACUGAGGCCACUUCUCACCCUUCACUCUUUGCAUUCUCUGAAAUUCUUGCUGUUCCCGACGUUGUCGAGCUAGAAGGAACUGAGCAUUCUGUAUACCUUGAUGUGCUUCGCUUAUUUGCAUAUGGAACAUGGAGUGAUUACACGAGUAAUUCUGGCCGCCUUCCAGAAUUGGGAUCUGAUCAAGCCCUCAAACUAAAGCAACUUACUGUCCUUACAUUGGCUGAGACUAACAAGGUGCUACCCUAUGACCAAUUAAUGCAGGAAUUAGAUGUUACAAAUGUACGAGAACUGGAGGAUUUUCUUAUUAAUGAAUGCAUGUAUGCGGGUAUAGUCAGAGGCAAGUUAGAUCAGUUGCGAAGGUGCUUUGAGGUCCAGUUUGCUGCAGGGAGAGAUCUGAAACCUGAGCAACUUGGGAGCAUGAUACAAACACUAUCAAAUUGGUUAACUACGUCUGACAAUUUAUCGGUCUCAAUUCAAGAGAAGAUAAAAUGGGCUGAUAAUAUGUGUGGAUUAAACAAGAAACACCGAAAGGAAGUUGAAGAGAGGGUGGAAGAUGUAAAGAAGUCACUUUCCUCGAAGGUCAAUCGAAAUAAAACCAGUGACUCUUUACUCAAAUACUGGGAUAUAUUGGUCGAUGUGCCUUACAUUAUGGCAGAAGUUACAAACUGUAAGCAGGCCGACAUUGACAUCCGAGGGCAUGAGGAGGUCUACUCUGAACCUGGUGGAGUAAUGGACUAUGAGGAAGAUCGAAGUCGUCCAAAGAGGAGACGACAUCCGAUUUCGUAGAGGUGCAUUUGGGAGUUGAACAACAAUCUCCUACAAUAAGGGUGUCUAAAGAACUGCCUGAUUCUUUUCCCUAAGCCAUUCCUUAGAACGGUGUACAUGUUGCUUUAGGUUCCUCUCUGAUAAACAUUAGCUUGUCUUCAGAUUUAAUUUAAUAAUUCGUUCCCGAUGAGUUGUUGGACAGCCGAACAAUUAACAUAAAGGCUGCACAGAGGUUCUGUCCUUUGCUUUGAAACGUAUUGCUUGGGUUUCAAAAUACCAUUGCAGCUUAGGAGGUGAUUUUGUCAUUCUCACAAUACAAACAUGUCAUUUUUCACUUAAAGGACAGUCUUUUAUGACUUUUAGAGAGAAUAGGGAAUGACAUAGAACCUGAAUUAUUUUCUUUAUUCUCA